AUGCUCUCGUCAACGACCUUGAAAUUCUUAUCAGAUGGACUCAUCUUGUUUGGCUCCCAAAUAUUAUUUUUUGCCUUUGGUUGGAUAUUUCUUGUUAAGAAGUUGUUCAAAGACUACGAAUCCUCGACGGAUUCGCGGUCGGAAACACUAGUGCAAGCCGUUUUUUCUUUGACUUUUAGCAACAGUUGUGCCUUGUUUGAGUUAAUAAUAUUCGAAAUAACAGACGUAAUGGAGAGGGACUCGCGGUGGUUUCAUUGGAAGAUGACAUUGUAUAUCCUACUAGUGUUGGUCAUCAUGCUUAUUCCAUUCUAUCAAUUGUAUUUACUGAUAACCAACGCACAAAAAAGUCUAUCACUUCGUUAUUCGUUAACGUUAACGGCAAUUUGCUGGUCAAUUUACUUUUACUCUUUUUGGCAAGUCGGCGGCCUAUUUCCGAUUGAGAAAAAUUCUACUUCUGACAAGAACGAUAUAUUGAUCCAGUUUGGAAUGAGUCGAGUAGGAGUCAUUGGGGUUACAAUUAUGGCCAUUUUAUCGGGGUUUGGUGCUGUAAACAGUCCUUAUGCUACUAUGACGUUCUUUUUGAGACAAGUCACACAUGCAGAUAUAUUGGCAGCAGAGAAAAAAUAUCUCCAAACAAUGGAACAGAUAAUAAGCAAGAAGAAGAGAAUAUUGGUUUCACAAUUGAGACAAAAGGCUGGAAACGAGCCAAAUGGCUCACGGGUUGGAGGUUUCGUGCGAAAAAUGUUACAUACCGUAGCUAGCGGAAUAGGAAUCGGAGGAGAAAGCAUCAGCAUGCUGAGACAAGAAAUAGUCGGAUUAGAGAAUUUGAGUCAACAGCUGUUUCUCGAUAUUGAUGAUUUGUAUCAAGAAAAGGAUCGCCUUGAGUACUCUAAAACAUGGAAGGGAAAAUAUUUCAAUUUUCUCGGAUACAUAUUUUCCAUUUAUUGUAUCUACAAAAUUGUUAUGGCCACGAUAAACAUAAUCUUUAGUCGCAAAGUCGGAAAAGACCCUAUAAGCAAUGGAUUAGCACUGGCAAUCAAUUACAUCAACAUUGAGCUAGACGUUAGUUUCUGGUCUCAGCAAUUGAGUUUCUUCUUUGUAGGUCUAUUGAUUAUUUUCAGUAUUCGUGGAUUAUUAAUUCAAUUACUGAAGUUUUUCAGGGCCGUGUCCAACUCAGUAUCCAGAAGCAACAUUGUCUUGUUUCUUGCUCAGAUAAUGGGAAUGUAUUUUCUAAGUUCAGUGCUUAUGAUGCGUUUGAACCUUCCCGAUGAAUACAGAACCAUAAUAUCUGAUGUUUUGGGAUCAAUAGAAUUCAGUUUUUACCACCAUUGGUUCGAUGUUAUCUUCCUAGUUAGUGGUAUAGUGAGCAUGGUAUUUUUGUAUUUCGUUCAUCAAGCAAACAAAAGUAAUGCUAUGUUGUCGCGCGCUGUAACGUCUCAAGGAGAAUUGUCUCCACUCACUGGUGGGAGUAAUGCAUCUAACGGUCAGAGGACUGGCUAUGAUGACCAUUAUACUACUUCGAGACGAAACGGUGUCAAUGGUGGGUUGUAUUUCCGAGGAUAG